AUUAUCGAAAGAGAUAGAGAAAAGAAAUUUACUUAUUUGCGAUGUUCCAUGUGUUGGUUGUAAAGCGUUGAGAUAAUUUGUUCGUUAUUUGAGUGUUGAUUGUGUGAAUUGAUUUGUGUAAUUUCAUUAAUUUUAUAAAUUAUAUCACAUAUUUCAGACAAUCUGUAUCAUAUAGAACAAAGGAGAUUUCAGAAGAAGUUGUAUCACAUAUUGAACAGUUCUAUGCACGUGCUUUAGAUGAACUGCAACUCCCGAAUCACGUAGAAUGGAUGAAGGAAGACUUUCAAAACAAGCUGCUCCAGAAUUUCCGAGUUAUUAGCUACGAUUUAUCAUUUUUUGUAAUAAAUAAAAUCAGUGAUACCAUCUUUUAUGAUUUUGCAAACGAAUGCAAUUACACAACAGUUAACUCUGAUUUCUAUAACGAAGUGUUUGUUAUUCUGGAGGAGGAGCUUUCAAGUCAGAUGGAUACCUUGAUUGUGUCCUAUACAGAAGCCGUUCAGAAAUUCUACCCGUAUGAUAAUUACACAAAAGAGCAUAGCGUGAGAUUGAUAGGCCACUUGAUAAAAUCUCUAUAUUCAUAUGUUUAUCCUAAAAUGCGGGAGAUGAGUGUCGGUGUAGCCGAGAACCUUUAUACAACCGGUGAUCUGGGCUCCUUAACAUACAGUUAUAUGCAAGAUAAUCUGGCCAGAGUUGACAUCUACUUCGAGAGUUUAAACGUAGAAGAGAUCCAAGAACAAAAAGCAUACGAAGUUUUUGCAAUAAUGUGUGAUCUUGGUGGUGCUCUUGGACUAUUCUUUGGCGCUAGUAUUGUCGCAUUCGUUGAAGCAAUUGACUUUUGGUUUAUCAGAGGAUGCUGCGGUUGCAAGAAGAAAUCGAUAGAUUAAAACAGUAAAUAUAAACACAGCGAACCGUUUUGAGGUUUUAUUGUAAUAUAUAUAGUAUUAUUAGGAUAUGAUAGACUAAUAUAAAUGGGUGUCAUAAUAGUGAACGCACUCCAUUCGCGUACUUGUUAAUGCUUAAGUGUAAAAAAUUUAAAAAAUAAUUUAAAAAAAAACAUUGUCAUACCAACCAUGUUAGUAUCCUUAAUAAAAAGAUCAAUUUAGGCGUAUUUUACUUUAAAUAUUUUUUGAAUGAUGUAAAAAAAUAUUAAGUAUGGAAGACAAUCUGACGAAUAGGGCACAUAAAUUUAACCUUAACACUAUAGUACAUAGCCUAAAUAUAAUUGUAAGAAACUACAGCACAAGCUGCCAAUAUCUAUAAAAUGUGAUGUGGUUUUGUUGGAUAGAGGAGAAGGUGUUUCGUAGUGGAUUAUUUUUUACAAACGAGGUAAUUGGAAGAUACAGUAGUUUGUUAUUUAAUAUUUGGAAUGCACUUCAAACUACACUGGGUAUGUAGGUAGCUAAGAACAUUAAAACAAAUAAAUAAAUGUUGUUUCGCGCCUUGCUGACCAUAAGGAACGUCACUUUAUGACUUUGUCUUAUUUGAAAUGCAUUUAACGUAGUAUAGGCCUAGUUGUAUACGACUAAAGUUAUAUUUUUACACGUCAAUUUGUUCGUGUCAAUCGAUGUAGGUCGUAACAUUGUUUUUAAUGCUUCGUUACUUAUUUGAUACUGUACAUUAUGAAAAAGACAACAUAAUGCAUUUCACGAUUUGGUUUAAUACUGUACAUUAUGAAAAAGAGAACGUAAUUACUACCGUGCAAUACAGUAUUGUAAUUCUAAUUAUUAAGCAGAAAGUAAGACUUGAGUAACUUAAGUGUAACAUUUAACAUACAUUUCUAUUUAUUUUAUUUGAAUGAAACUUAAUGAAAUGAAUAAAAUCUAAACAAUUUUCGUCAUUAUAACAUGUAUCAGGCCAUCAUCCCUUAAAUAACAUGACAAUAAAAUAUUAUUGAAUAAUGU